CUGUAGGCGAUGCUGUGAGAACUUCUCUUGGUCACAAGGGCAUGGACAAGAUGAUACAAACAGGCGGUGGAGAAGUUGUUAUAACUAAUGAUGGGGCAACUAUUUUAAAACAUAUGGCGCUUGUUGAUUUGUCUGCAGCACAGGAUGUUGAAGCUGGUGAUGGUACUACAUCAGUUGUUGUGAUUGCUGGAGCUCUUUUGGGAGUAGCUGGGAAAAUGCUUGCUAAAGGAAUACAUCCAACAACUAUUGCUGAAGCUUUCCAACGUGCUGCAACAAAAUCAUCUGAAUUUUUAACGGAAAUGUCAACUCAAAUUGAUUUUCUUCUUGCACCUAUUGCUGUAGAUGCUGUAUUACGUGUUAUUGAUUCCGCAACAGCAACCAAUGUUGAUUUAAGAAAUAUCCGUAUAGUUAAAAAAGUUGGUGGAACAAUCGAUGAUACAGAGUUGGUUGAUGGACUUGUUUUGACUCAAAAUGUUGUUAAAGAUUCAGGGGGUCCUUCACACAUUGAAAAAGCAAAAAUUGGUCUUAUUCAAUUCCAAUUAUCACCACCAAAACCAGAUAUGGAAAAUCAAAUAGUAGUAAAUGAUUAUAGACUUAUGGACAAAAUUUUAAAAGAAGAACGCCAAUAUCUUCUUAAUAUGUGUAAAAAAAUUAAAAAAACAGGCUGUAAUGUUUUACUGAUACAAAAAUCAAUUCUACGUGACGCAGUGAAUGAUUUAUCUUUACAUUUUCUAUCGAAAUUAAAAAUAUUGGUUGUAAAGGAUAUAGAAAGAGAUGAAGUUGAAUUUAUUUGUAAGAGUACCGGGUGUAAGCCAAUUGCAGACAUUGAAUCAUUUACCGAGGAUAAAUUGGGUUAUGCAGAAUUGGUUGAUGAAGUACAAACUUCUGGUGCUAGGGUUGUUAAGAUUACAGGAGUUAAACAUAACGGAAAAACUGUAUCAAUUUUAAGUCGUGGAGCUAAUUCACUUGUGUUAGAAGAGGCUGGACGUUCAUUACAUGAUGCACUUUGUGUUAUUCGUUGUUUGGUUAAGAAAAAAGCUCUUAUUGCUGGUGGAGGUGCUCCUGAAAUCGAAGUUUCUCAACGUUUGUCUGAUUAUGCUAAAUCACUUAAAGGAAUGGAAGCACAUUGUUUUGAAGCAUUUGCAAUUGCACUUGAAGUUAUUCCAUUAACUUUAGCUGAAAAUGCAGGUUUAAAUCCAAUUAAUAUAGUUACUGAGUUAAGAAAUAGACAUGCCUUGGGUGAAAAAACAGCUGGUAUUAAUGUGAGAAAGCCAUUACUUGCAUCUACUAGUGCUAUAGAGUUGGCUGCAGAAACUGUUAAAAUGAUAUUAAAAAUUGAUGAUUUGGUUCAAACUCAUUAA